AUGACGCUGCGUAAUCUCGCGCCGCCAGUCGCGGCGCUGCUGAUUCGGCUCCUGAUGCUUGCGUUAACCUGCCCGGUUCGACGAGCGGCAGCAGCGACUCCUGAGCCCCUCUCUUCCUUCAAUCUCCCCACUGCUGCCAAUAACCCGCUCAAUGCGGCGUUUGCCAGCUCUGCCAAGACCCUGCGUCGCCCGCAAUGUGUUGGAGAGGACUACAGCUGUAGCCUGGGGAAAUCCUCAAUGAUCGAUUGCUUCGCCAAGGGCGCUGUGACCCGCCCCACCCUUUCCCAGUGGUGCUUUGCCGGCUCUAACCCGUCCUUUCCUUCCCCCAUCCCUGUUAACCUUUCCUGCAGGAUACGCUUUGGAGAGGAUUUUCAGUGCGUCGCCAGCCAUGGUGGUGGAGGAGGACUACAGCUGCAGCCCGGAGGAAUCCUCUCUCAUCCCACGGGCGCUGUGUCCCGCCCCUCCCAACUCACUGCUGUUUUGCCACCUCUGCCAAGACCCAUUAGCCUCGUGUGUGUGAGUGUCACGGUUGAGAACUCCCGCUCACCCACCGCCCCCACCCCACCCUUCCUCCUCCUCCUCCUCCUCCACCCUUCCUCCUCCUCCUCCUCCUCCUCCUCCUCCUCCUCCUCCUCCUCCUCCUCCUCCUCCUCCUCCUCCUCCUCCUCCUCCUCCUCCUCCUCCUCCUCCUCCUCCUCCUCCUCCUCUUCCUCCUCUUCCUCUUGCUUCUCCACCCCUCUCCUCCCUCCCCGCUCUCUCCUCCCCCCCUCGUCUCCCACCCCCUCCCCCCCCACACGCUAA